UCAUGACCAUUGACUUUUAUGCCAGAGGCCCAUGCGGCGGAAACAUACAGUAGUCUGAUCCUGGUACGCUAGCUGUAGGUUUGGUUGUUCCGCUGACCUGCUCUCAGCCGAAGCAUCGUUCCCGUUGAAGAUCGAAGCUUUUUCAGGCAGUCACUCCUUCUCUUCUCUGAUCACUAUUAUGGCAGGGAGAAAUCGUAUGCCUCGCCAUGCUGAUGGCUUUCGAGGUUAUCGUGAUGAUCCUCGGCCUGUUAUGCACCGUGGACCACAACCGUUUUCUAUUCACCCUGCAGCUUUGGAAGAAGAACUUGCAAUGCAGCACAGAGAAAUGCAACGAAUAAUCGCUGAGAAUCGGCUUGUAAUUGAUGAUAAUACCCUUCUUCAAAGGGAAUUAACAGAUGCAAAAGAUGAGAUUCAUAGAUUAGGGCAGGUCAUACCCAAACUCCGGGCUGAGAAAGAGGCAGAGACUAGGGAGUUGAUUGAGAGAGGAUUAAAACUUGAAGCUGAUCUCCGUGCUGUUGAGCCUGUAGGGGCAGAGGUUUUGCAAUUGAGAGCUGAAAUUCAGAAAUUAAAUGCUUUACGGCAGGAGUUGUCUACCCAAGUCCAAGGUCUCACUCAAGACGUCACUCGAUUACAAGCUGAGAAUCAGCAACUAGUUGCCAUGAGGGCUGAUAUUGAUGGCAUGCAAAAAGAGCUUGUUGAGACAAGGAGAGCUUAUGAAUAUGAGAGGAAAGCCAAUGAAGAACAAGUUGAACAAAAGCAAGCAAUGGAAAAGAACCUGAUUUCCAUGGCUCGUGAAAUAGAGCAGCUACGAGCAGAGCAGAUGAAUGCAGGCAGGAGGGCACGGGGGCUAGGUGGCGGGGGUUAUGGAAUGAUGAGUGGAGGUCCUGAAAUGAGAUAUUCCGGUGGUUCGUAUGGCAAUGUCUAUAGAAAUGGUUGGGGACCUUAUGACAGGCCUGGACCACGGCGUUAAUUUUUGCAUAAUUGGGGUUGCAUGUCUGGGUAGAGUAAAAAUGGACUCGUAGAGUCCACACACAGACUAACUUUAUCAAUAUUAAGCGUUUGGUGGAUGAUCUGUAAUGAUGAAAUUUUGAGUUGCCUGUUGCAUAGUUUAUGACACUUAUUUAUUCCAGCAUUGUUUUGGUGGAUGAUCUGUAAUGAUGAAAUUUUGAGUUGCCUGUUGCAUAGUUUAUGACACUUAUUUCAGUUGCCUGUUGCAUAGUUUAUGACACUUAUUUAUUCCAGCAUUGUUUUGGUGGAUGAUCUGUAAUGAUGAAAUUUUGAGUUGCCUGUUGCAUAGUUUAUGAAACUUAUUUAUUCCAGCAUUGUUUUAGAUAAUUGUAGUUAACAAUUUCUUUGUUA